AGUAUAAUACAUUUUAAUAAGAUCCAGUCAGAAAAUAAUACUUGCCAUUGAUAUUCUUACUAUAGUAAUUUUGGAAGAUAAAAGCUAUAGAAAAAUUGGACAAAAUAGUUAGAAAGGCAACAAUUUUGAAUAUUCGCUAAGAAAAACAACAAAGAAAAAAACACAUUGUACAAAUAAAAACUAGAAGAAAUAAAUUUGAUUCAUCAAAAUGCUGCAACUUGUCAUAAAAGUGUUAAAAGGUGGAGAGUGUCAGCUUGAGGUCAACGAAGAAACUAGCAUUUUGGAAUUGAAGAAGGAAAUCUCAAAAACAUUAAAUAUUCCGGUGCCACGACAGAAAAUCCUGCACGUUGGCCGUACAUUACAUGAUGACAAACCACUGAGUGCAUUCCCACAAAUAAAAAGUGGCUCCAAAUUGACGGUUGUGAUGAAAGAGCCCGAACCACUAAAAGAUGUUAUGUGCAAAAUAUUCAAAAAAUAUUAUUCAGACGAGCAAUCCGAAUUCAUGGCAAAGGAAUUUAUGGCCGAUUUUGACAAACGUUUAGAACAAUUAAGUCUCGACGAUUUCGAGCGUAUGGCCACGUAUUACUUGGAACGUGAUCGAAAACUGUUUCGCGAAUAGAUCAAAUUCAUCGGAUUUUGUGAAUGGUUUUUGUAUUGGAAAUGAGAAGGAGUAGGGAAUUAAGAGAAAAAAAAACUACAAAAUAACAAAAAGUUCCAAGAAAAUUAAACAUAUUAUUUGUUUUGUUUUUUUUUUUUAAGUUAUCGGACGAUUAUGAUAAAUAUUACUUAAUUUCAAUGAGCUUGUAAUCAGAACUGAAAUAAAUCGAAAAUACAGACAAAAAACUCACAAAUUGCAGAAACGAAAUAAAAAAAAAUCAUCAUCAUUUUGUACAUUUAAAUAAGAAAGAAACGACAAAUGAAUAAAUGUGUAUUGUUUUGGUUCAUCAAAG